CCGGACCCUCGUCCAUGCCCUCGUCGCCGGUACAUGUGGCUUUGGCUGAUGUGUAACAAUGAAUAGCGGGUAAAUUAAUGCUACAGGUGUAGCACUUGGCUGUUUCAGUGUCUGGCUGGCUGCCUGUCUUGUCAGACCAAGUUGCUACCGGCAGUCGUGUAGCAUGUCUACCUGACAUCAGUGAUCAGCUGUGGGGAGAAGCUUGCAACGCCAUGGAAAGUCUUCCACAACAUUUGCGCUUCAAGGAGCUGUGGGGUGGAAAGGAUGUUGAUAUUGAACCUGGGCAGUGUUCCAAUCUCUUUGAUUCGCUAUUUCCAUUUGGAAUUCCACCAGUGAUACCUGAUGUUGAGGAUCAGGCUAACGAAAUUUUGGAUGGUAUUUGGGAAGGCUCUACCACACAUUUCCCACAUGGUUCACAAAGGUGCUUUUUGUCUCCUCCAAACAUACACUCCUUGUUUUCGUGUGACGUUUCAAUGGCCCCAUCAGAGCUCAAGGUCUUAAGAAACCUUAAUACAGGAACACUUGAAGGAUAUGAAGAGGUGUUUACAGAAGAAGCUGCACUGGAAGAUAAUGAACCAGUAAUAGAUCUUACCAAAGACUUGCUGACAGUUCCACCUGGAUUUGAAGAAGGCAUGACUUUUGGCAGUGAGCAACCUUCAAGUGAAGACAAGUUCUCUGUGCGCCAUGUGCUGAAUUUGGCUGAUGUGCUGUCCUCUGGAGAGCCACAAGUCUUGGAGGAGUCCAGCUUAGAAGUCAAGCAAAUAAGUGAUAGCCUGCUAAGCCAGACCCUGGAUGAUGCUGGACUGUUGGAGCACCUUCCAUCGGAGCCUGUGGCCAACGUCCUGAACAUCAGCAAUGUUACGAAUGACCGCAAUGUGUGUCUUGAGUGGGCUGAACAAGUGGACAUUUCCAAGCCUAUGUUGGAUUUCCAUGAAAAAGUGCCUGACCCUGCCUUCACUUGGCCGUUUGAACUGGACACCUUUCAGAAGAAGGCCAUUGCUCACUUAGAAAACAGGGAUUCUGUGUUUGUAGCUGCUCACACCUCUGCAGGCAAGACUGUAGUUGCAGAAUAUGCCAUUGCACUCUCUCGACGUCAUAUGACAAGGACAAUUUACACAUCACCUAUCAAGGCUUUGUCCAAUGAAAAGUACCGUGACUUCAAGGAAACCUUUGCCGACAUCGGACUUAUCACAGGUGAUGUCCAGAUCAACAAGGAGGCAUCCUGUCUCAUCAUGACAACGGAAAUUCUCAGAUCGAUGCUUUACAACCAGUCAAAUGUGGUGGCUGACCUAGAAUGGGUCAUAUUUGAUGAAUGCCACUACAUUAAUGAUCCUGAUCGUGGUGUUGUUUGGGAAGAAGUCCUCAUCAUGCUGCCAAGUCACGUUGGACUUGUCCUGCUUAGUGCCACUGUACCAAACGCAUUGAGCCUUGCCAAUUGGAUUGGGCGUAUUAAGGAGCGCAAGCUGUAUGUCAUUUGUACCACGAAACGUCCCGUGCCUCUGGAACAUCACCUGUAUUUCAAUCAGGAAACAUUUCUUAUUCUGGAUGCUACUAACAAGUUCCAGACUGCCAGCUACAUGAAGGCCUGUGCAAGACGGAAAGAAACCAUGAAGGCAACUCGAACAUACGAUGACAAGACCCGGUACCAGGGUCUAAUUCAGCACCUGCGCAAGGCAGACCGACUACCAGCAAUUUGCUUCACUCUGUCACGUCGUCGCUGUGAUGAAAAUGCCCAAUUAUUGCAAGCACUUGAUCUGACUACAGCUGAGGAGAAGGGGGCUGUACGGCGCUUCCUGCAGAACAAUGUAGUGUCCCGGUUGAGCCGUGCCGACCAACGGCUACCACAGCUACGCUCAUUGCGAGGUCUUCUGGAGGCUGGUUUUGGUGUUCACCAUAGCGGGGUGCUGCCUAUUCUCAAGGAGGCUGUUGAGAUGCUCUUCCAGCGUGGCCUUGUGAAGGUGCUGUUUGCCACGGAGACAUUUGCUAUGGGUGUCAACAUGCCUGCUCGGACAGUUGUUUUUGACAGCAUCCGUAAGCAUGAUGGUAUUAGCAACCGGGACCUGCUGCCUGCUGAAUACAUCCAAAUGGCUGGAAGGGCUGGUCGGCGUGGCAAGGACGAGACAGGCACGGUAUUGUUACUGUGCAAAGGAGAUGUUCCAGAGUCGUCACAGUUGCAAGCAAUGAUGCUUGGUCGACCAACCGAGUUGCAGUCACGGUUCCGUGUUACGUACUCCAUGAUCCUUAACCUCAAGGCCCAGGCCAACAAGCGCGUUGAGGACAUGAUGAGGGACUCUUUUCGGGAGAACUCUAGCCAGAGUCAAAGCCCAAGCUUAGCUGAGCGUUGUGCAUCCUUGGAGACUGAGUUGAACUCACUGGCACCUAUUGAGUGCACAUCAUGUCAAGAGCUGCCAUUUGAGCUUCUGGAAGAAGAAACUGCUGCACGAGUUGCUGCCUGGGAGCAUGUGCUGACACAACCUCAAGCUGCUCGAUGCCUGUCACCAGGGCGCUUGCUGCUCGUGUGUUGCCCGGAGGGACGCAACCUUCUUGGUGCUCUGUCCACCCUGGCACCUCGUGAGAAGAGGCUCACACUAUGGGCAUUGGCCGAUUCACAGCCCCAGUCAAGUGGCAAGGCGUCACUUCCCUGGCCACUGUCCAAGAAGGUUGCUGUCCCGGAUGCAGCUCUCAGUGUACAGGAGAUGACAGUCAUGUUCAAUAGCGUCCUCUGCAUUUAUGCCAAAAGCGUCAAGGUUGACCCCAAGCGCAUGUCGCAGCCUCAGUGCAGAAGCGUUUUGGGCCAGGAGCUGCUUGAACUGGUGGAGGCACACCCUGGAGGUCUGCCAAUCAUCAAUGUAGUCAAGGACCUUCGCCUUUCAGCUAUGGAAACUGUGGAAUUGGUGAAACAUGGCCAGCAGCUUGAGGAAAAGCUGCUUCAGAGCCAGUGCCUUAGUUGCCCACUCUUUGAGAACCAUUUCGAGCAGGAACGUCGGCGACGGCGACUAUCGGAGGAGGUGCGAAAGCUACAGCACCAGCUAUCAGAGGAAAGCCUUGCUUCCAUGCCUGACUACCGAAGCCACGUUCUGGCUCUGGAGAAGCUAGGCUAUGUGGAGCCGAGUGGUACACUCACACUCAAGGGCCGUGUGGCACGUGCUCUCUCCAGCCAUGAAGUAAUGCUCACAGAGCUGCUGCUCCAGGAGUCACUGCUUACCCUGGGUGCACCUGAAGUGGCUGGCCUGUUCUCCUGCUUUGUCUAUGAGCAGCGCUCCAAUGCCGAGGUCGUCAUUCCACUCUCUAUGAAGCCAGCAGUGGAAAAAUUUGUGGAGGUGGCUCACAAGAUUGGUCGUGUACAGCGGGAGAGUGGCUUUGAUGAACCUGCUGAGCAAUUUGUAGAGCAGUUCAGCUUUGGUCUCUGCAAUGUGGUUUACCACUGGGCUAGAGGCAUGCACUUUGCACACAUCAUGGAGCUGACAGAAGUUCAAGAAGGUAUUAUAGUCAGGUGCAUUCAACGUCUGGAUGAGCUUCUCAAGGAUGUCAAGACUGCUGCAGGUAUUGUUGGCAAUCCUGAACUUCGCACCAAGAUGGAAGAAGCAUCGCGCCUGAUUCGGCGAGACAUUGUUUUUGCGGCCAGCCUCUACUUGCAGUGAGAUGGCCAUUGGUGCGCAUGACAGCAAAGUGACCCAUCUGUUAUGGCCGUCAGUGCAGCAGAGUACAUGUGGCUGAUCAGCAUGAGGCAUCUGUCUCGAGACCUACCAAUGUUUGCACCUCAGUGUCUGCAAUCAGUAAGCACAAAAUGGGAAGGAUUAACUUGCACUGGUGUGUGAUGUACAGUGUCUACGAGCCUUUUGCCAAUUAUUUGACUCCUGCAUAAGCGGACUGUGAACUGCAGUGGCUUUUCUUUUUUUAUCUGAUUCUGUGACUAUUUAGGUAUGCACAUGGCACGUUUGCUGUACCAACCUGGAUCAGAGUUUAGUUCUGCUAAGCUGCAUGGUGUUGCUGCUUAGGCUAGUAGACAAUUGGCUCUGAGGGCCAAUGGCUUCUGUGUACGUGGACUUAGCACUGCCAGUGGCUUUUUUUAUUUUAAGCUUUUUUUUUCAUCAGCUGUGUCUAUUUGGGCAUGUACGUGGCACAUUUGCUGUACCAACAUGAAUCACAGUUUAGCUCUGAUAGCUGCAAGGUAUUUAAACAAUUUUUUUUGCUGCUUAGGCUGGUUGAUUUUAGUGCUUUUCUCGUGAUAAUUUUAUUUGAAGUACUUGGAGAAGCUGAGUAUCAGUUAUUUACUUUAAGUUCUUUGCUUUUGUAGGAAUGUGGCUUCUUGCACAGAUCCAGAGGGUACUGGUUGUUUUUCUCCACGGCCCUUAAUUUUGUACAUCUCUACACCCUAUUUUCUUUAUGCAAAGAACUGUGAUAGAGCAAAAAGUAGCUCUUGCAUUUGUUGAUUGGCUUUGCUAAGCCAGCUGUUCAGACCUGGUUAAUGUCUCACAUAUUUUUAAGAUCCGUAUUUAUGCCAAGAAUCUUGCCACUAAUCAUUUAAGUGGCUCUGAGCCAGGCAAAGUGAUUGGAAAGUGGAGUAUGGGCACUGUGUAAAAUUUGGCAAAUAAGCUUGACAAGUGCCAAAAGCAGGUUGUGCUGUUCUUGAAGUUUCUUGCUGUUCCAUUUUUAGAGGUGUGCACCAAUAUUUUUCAUCUGUCUUCUUUUUGUAAUGGACUGGUAAUGAGAAGUGAUUGUGCCAUCCAACAGAGUACCAUUGUAGUAUAUAUGGGCAUAAGUCACUUUCUAAGCAUUGCAGAAGGAAACUUUCACUUUGUGCAAGCUUUACAGGCACAUGCAGAAUUUCCUUGAUGCUCUGGCUAUUUAUAUAUUGUGGCAAUGCUCAAGGGAUUUCCUUGUUUGUUCAGUAACUGAUCUUGCUAAAAAGAUACUGCUCAAGCAACACAUACUUAGUGCUGGAUGUCUCUUAUGUGCACCUAGUAUUUGUGAUCAGUGUAAGCUGUGUUGUGUUUUAUGUUGACUGGCAAAUCAGUUUUAGCCAUUAGUAACCAUGUGUUUUGAGAGAGGCUUUGUGCAGGGCCACAAUAAUGUUUUUGCUAUUUAGUUAAGGUCUUAUUAAGGUGACAUAUUAAGAAGUGACACAUUUAGCCAGAAUAUCCCUACCUGCCUUUUAUUUAAGCUGAAAUGGAAACUACUCAUGCUGAUGUCACUUGUUAGACUUCGAGUAAAUUUCAACAUUCUGGUUUGGUGUAUAAUCAAAAUAUUUUGCUUGGAACUCUUGAUGCUUUUCAUUCAGUUUUGCUUCCAAUAGAAUUAUUGAGUAGAGCUAGUUGACUGUGUAUAAAACAUGAUACCAGUGUUUAAAGUGUAAAAAGUGGAAGCAAGAAGGAUAGAAGAGAAAGUAAAUGGACUUUGCUUGCAUCCCUCCUCUUUUAUGAGCCCCAGUACUUUGUACACCACAUACCGCUUACUGUGUUAUUUUGAACCACUGUCUGGGUGGAAUGCAUGUAAUUUACACGUAAGCCUGGACUGUGACUAUCUUUCCUUACAUGCAGUUCAUAAGUUGUUAGCAGCCGCUGUUUUGUGCCCCAGAUAGACUAAGGAUGUAUGGCUAAUGUCAGGUGUGCACAAUGUAUUCUGUAUUUUGCAUUGUGUAUUUUAGGCAUUAGGUUGUUAGAGCGGUGUACACGUUUUUAUGUGUAGUAGUCAUUUGGGCAACACAAUGGAAUGCUACGACACCAGAAGCAUUGUCAUUAUGAAAUGCAUACAUUUACUGUUCAAUUGUUGCUAUUGAUUUAUCUAAUUUAUUCUAAUUGUCAUAAUAUGAAAGAUUAUAUUCAGGAAAAGUAAGAAGUAAACAGGAAUAAAUGCAAUAGAAUUAUUUGAAACGUCGUGAAAAAAAAAAAGAGAAAUGGCGUACUAACUGGGAAGACAUAUGAGCCAAAGUCACUAAACACUUGGCUGAUUUAACUGUAGUUGACAUCUACGUAAUGCAAAGCGUCAGCGAAUCAUAGCACCAUGAGACUCCGACAUGCACCAAGCUGGUAAGGCCCAAGCAGCCCGAGACGUGCUUUGUCAUUUUCCUAUUGCGUAGUUUUCUAAGACGGCAACAGAAAACCAAAAUGAAAUCGAGCUAGUGGGCGCCGCCGAAAUAUAAUGCUGGCAAAGCAAAACAUGACGCUCACUUUAUGCCACCUGCAGCAGGGUACGGUGAUGCGAUUGAGGUAUUGCCUUUUAAAAGCAUGCAGAAUGCUUUCAACAGCACCACCCCACAUGCGCUCUCAAACAGAUAGGUGAAGGUGCUUAUAGCAAUGAUGUAUAGCUGUGAAUGCGAUGUGCAACAACCUGUGAAAAGAUUUGCUGGUAUUGGAAGAGGAAGCUGAGUGCAUGGCGGCAUUUUAAUGCAACAUGGGCCGGCGAGUACUGUGGGGAAGCUACUGUGGCUGGUGUCUACUGCUCUCGAUCGUGCAUGCCUCAUGCCUUUUCUUGUUCACAUAGGAUGUAGCGUAUCAUACAAUCGUAGUUUGGUGAUGUGCUGAACGUUGGUGGUGAAAGAUUGUGCUUUCCAGGAACAUAUUAACACGUAAAAAAGAAGCGUAACUGUGUUGUGUCAUUUUUUUGUGUUCUCAAUCGUGAACAUUGGCACCAGGAAAUCGUACGAAAGGGAUCGUAUCAAUGAGGUUCUACUGUAAUUGGAGGGAGUUUGCAGGAAAACAGUACGUACAGUAAGCUUGUCAUGAGAAAGCAGGUGACAGGGUUUGUCAGAAAUGUUGUCUUGUAUGAUGAAGUGCAUAAACGAAAAAAAAAGAGGAGAUUUAAAUUUAUUGAUGCAUGUGUGGUGCAUAAAAAAAAAGAAAAAAAAGAUUAAGAUGACAACAGAAAUAGCACAACAGCAGAAAGAGCACAAAGGGCGACACAAGGUAAGCAUGUGAGGAGAAGCUUUUAAUUGGUGGAAGUAGCAGCUGGCGUACUGAGUCGGACACGCAUACUCACAUGAUUGCCUAGUGUGGUAGCUCAAGAUAGUACUUUUUGUGCUUUUGUUGUUUUACCAGCCCACCUUCCAUUCUCUCCUCUUUUGUUUUCUUCAACUCUUGAGUUAAAAAUUGAAGCAUUGAAAAACUGUUUGAACAUGGUAAGAAAAUGUUCCUGAUUUGUCUACAAUGCUGCCGUGGACAUGCGAGGAAAAUAUCAUUGUGCCACGUGCAACAAGGAGCCUACAAUUUCACAUUUAGGUCACUUGCUCUCUCCCAUGUCUUUCGAGGCUCCCCAAUCUUUUUUUUUUUUCUGCCUUAUGCCACGCCAGCGAUGACACUACAGCCAGUGUGACGGCCUGCAGACAUACCGUAUUUACUCGAUUCUAACGUGCCCUCGAUUGUAAUGCGCACCCGUUUUCUGUGCCCCCCCCCCCCAAAAAAAACAUCCUUUACAGUACCGCGCACCUCAUGCUUUCAAACAGAAAUACAACUUUCUCUCAUUUGGAAAAAUAGAUUUACUCCCGAUGCACUGAAGU